CUCGAGAGAGUCUCGAUGUCAAAAGCUGAAAUAUGGACCCAAUUCCAUGCUCAGAAAGCACAGAUGAUGGCAGAAUUCACUCAGGAAGAUGGGAACAAAACACCUCCAGACAUCUGCUCACGAUAUUCACCCUGGCGCAUUGCUUCACUGUUGCGCCGCCGUUGGGUGGUGAAUGUUGCAGCUCAGUUCUGCCCCACCAGAUUGGCUGGGAAACCAGUGGAAACUAUCGGCCGAUAAGCCUUAUCGGAUGCUGAAGUGGAGCCGCCCAAACUUUUUUUGUGGAGCCAACCUUGAAUCGCUGCAGGUGGUUGCAAAGUGCUGGAUAUUUUUUUUCUGCUGCGAUUCCUGCACCUCUCUCUUCUUCUUCUCUGUACUCAACAUCACCAUCAUCACAUUGUCUGUCUGUUUUUUUUCAGCACAUUAAAUCGCAUCGCCAUUCCUUCUUUUAGUACAUACCAAGUAACAUCCUCUAACUCAGCCAACAUGCCUCUUCUUCCUGUCGCCGUCUAUGGCCAAGAUGUGCCUCCCGGACAGCUUGUCCCAGCCGAGAUCCAGUUCCCUGCGACCAUUCGCAUCACCAUGGCUGCUCUUGACCCUACCGCCGCCCCCGAGGCUGAUGAGGAGGGCAACAUCCCCGCCGUCCACCGCUCUACCCUGAAGAUCAUCAGAGUCGUCAACGACGACGAGGGCGAUGAUGAGGACGAGGACGAGUACCUCCAGAAGCUUCUCGGCGGCGGCGACGACGAGGAGUCUGACGAGGAGUCCGAUGAGGAGGCCAACGGCGGCCCCAGCGACCCCGCCAAGUCCAAGAAGGCGAAGCGCGCCGCUGCCAUCAAGAAGCUGAUGGAGGCUACCCAGGAGGAGUCCGAUGAGGAGAUGGAGGACGUCAAGCCCAACGGAAAGAAGGGCAAGGCCAAGGCCGAGGCCGAGGAGGAGAGCGAUGAGGAGAGCGACGAGGACGAUGAGGAGGAGGGUGAGCUUGAGGAGUUCGUUGUCUGCACUCUUGACACCGAGCGCACCUACCAGCAGCCCAUCGACCUUGUCAUUGGCGAGGGCGAGAGGGUCUUCUUCACCGUCACCGGUACCCACACUGUCUACGUCACUGGCAACUACGUGGUCACCGAGGACGAGGAGGACGAGGAGGACGAUGAGGAGUCCGAUGAGGACUACGACGACGACAUGCGCGCCGUCCUCGAGGGUGACUCCGAUGAUGACAUGAGCGAUGAGCUCGACGAGAUCGAUGGUGCUGAGCGCAUCAAGGAGAUCGACACCGACGAGGAGGAGGCUCCCAAGCUCGUCGAUACCAAGAAGAAGGGCAAGAAGAGAGCCGCUGAGGAGGAGGCCGAGGGCCUCGACGAGUUGAUCGCCAAGGACGAGAAGAAGAACAAGAAGCAGAAGAAGAACAAGAGCGAGGCUGCUACUACUGAGGCCAAGGAGUCUCCCUCCACCAAGGGUGAUAAGAAGGUCCAGUUCGCCAAGAACCUUGAGCAAGGCCCUACCGGCCCUGCUAAGGACAAGGCUGCUGAGAAGCCCGCCGAGAAGAAGGCUCUUGGUGUCAAGGUUGUCAACGGUGUCACCAUCGACGACCGCAAGGCUGGUACCGGCCGCACCGUGAAGAACGGCGACCGCGUUGGCAUGCGUUACAUUGGCAAGCUCCAGAACGGCAAGGUUUUUGAUUCCAACAAGAAGGGCGCGCCUUUCAGCUUCAAGAUUGGCAAGGGUGAGGUCAUCAAGGGCUGGGACAUUGGUAUUCUCGGCAUGGCCGUCGGUGGCGAGCGUCGGUUGACUAUUCCCGCCCACCUCGCCUACGGCAGCAAGUCCCUCCCCGGCAUCCCUGCCAACAGCACUCUCAUCUUCGAUGUCAAGCUCAUCGAGAUCAAGUAA